GGUGGGCGCGGGCCGGGCCGGAAGGAUCUGGCUUUCCGACUACCGGAACUGCGGGGCCGAAGGCUCUGGAGGGCGGCGGCGAGGAAACCCUCCCGGCGGGACGGGCUGGCGCGCGCAGAGCGCUGCGGCUGGGCUGCUCUGGCCGGCCUGGCGCCGCCGGAGGCCGCCGCGGGGCGGGGCGAGGAGAGCUGGCCCGAGCGCCCCCCCGCACCUCUGACCUCGUCCAGUGCUGCGCCUUUGGCUGUGGAGACUCCUAGGGCGCCGCGGUGUACGGUGCGGUGCAGAGGAACCCAGUGGAGGAGCAGGGAAGAAGUUGAAGAUGGGCGAGAAAAGUAAAAAGAAGAAGGAAAAGAAACCAACUGUCAGUGCAUUUGCCAUGUUUCGCUAUGCAGAUAGGCUUGACAGAUUUUACAUGGUGCUGGGAACUUUGGCUGCUGCUAUCCAUGGAGCUGCGCUUCCCCUGCUGAUGAUGGUGUUUGGGGAUAUGACAGACAGCUUUUCAAAUGCAGGAAACAGUAUUUCAUCAAACAAUACCAAUCAAAGUGUGAUCAACAAAACACUGAUCUUCAGACAGCUAGAAGAAGAUAUGACCACGUAUGCCUAUUAUUAUACUGGAAUCGGUGCUGGUGUGCUUAUUGCUGCUUACAUUCAGGUGUCAUUUUGGUGUCUGGCAGCUGGAAGACAGAUACACAAAAUUAGAAAACAGUUUUUCCACGCUAUAAUGAAACAGGAGGUAGGCUGGUAUGAUGUGCAUGAUGUUGGAGAGCUGAACACCCGUCUCACAGAUGAUGUCUCCAAAAUUAAUGAAGGAAUUGGUGACAAAAUUGGAAUGUUCUUUCAAUCAAUGGCAACAUUUCUGGCUGGUUUUAUAGUAGGAUUUACCCGUGGUUGGAAGCUAACCCUUGUGAUUUUGGCUAUCAGCCCUGUUCUUGGACUAUCAGCUGGUAUCUGGGCAAAGGUAUUGUCUUCAUUUACUGACAAAGAACUCUCUGCAUAUGCGAAAGCGGGAGCCGUGGCUGAAGAAGUCUUAGCAGCCAUUAGAACUGUGAUUGCAUUUGGAGGACAGAACAAAGAACUUGAAAGGUACAAUAAUAAUUUAGAAGAUGCUAAAAGAAUUGGGAUAAAGAAAGCGAUCACUGCCAACAUUUCUAUUGGUGUUACUUUCCUGCUGAUCUAUGCAGCCUAUGCUCUGGCCUUCUGGUAUGGGACUACCUUGGUCCUCUCAAAUGAGUAUUCCAUCGGACAAGUGCUCACUGUCUUCUUUUCUGUAUUAAUUGGGGCUUUUAGUAUUGGACAGGCAUCUCCGAACAUUCAAGCAUUUGCAAAUGCAAGAGGAGCAGCUUAUGAAAUAUUCAGAAUAAUUGAUAAUGAGCCAUGUAUUGACAGCUUCUCAACAGAUGGGCACAAACCAGACAGUAUUAAGGGAAAUGUGGAAUUUGAAAAUGUUCACUUCAGUUACCCAUCUCGAACAGAAAUCAAGGUCUUGAAGGGCCUCAACCUGAAGGUGCAGAGUGGGCAGACCGUGGCCCUGGUUGGAAACAGCGGCUGUGGGAAGAGCACAACGGUGCAGCUGUUGCAGAGGCUCUAUGACCCCAGCGAGGGCACGGUCACUAUUGAUGGGCAGGACAUCAGGACCAUAAAUGUGAGGUAUCUGCGGGAAAUUAUCGGUGUGGUGAGUCAGGAACCUGUUCUGUUUGCCACCACGAUAGCUGAAAACAUCCGCUAUGGUCGAGAAAAUGUCACCAUGGAUGAGAUUCAGAAAGCUGUCAAGGAAGCCAACGCCUAUGACUUCAUCAUGAAACUGCCUCAUAAAUUUGACACCCUGGUUGGAGAGAGAGGGGCCCAGCUGAGUGGUGGACAGAAGCAGAGAAUCGCCAUAGCACGUGCCCUGGUGCGCAACCCCAAGAUCCUGCUGCUGGAUGAGGCCACGUCAGCGUUGGACACGGAGAGUGAGGCAGUGGUCCAGGUGGCCCUGGAUAAGGCCCGAGAAGGCCGGACCACCAUUGCGAUAGCUCAUCGCUUGUCCACAGUUCGCAACGCUGACGUCAUUGCCGGAUUUGAUGACGGAGUCAUCGUGGAGAAGGGAAAUCAUGAUGAACUCAUGAAAGAGAAAGGCGUUUACUACAGACUUGUCACAAUGCAGACAAUAGAAAGUGGAGAUGAAUUAGAAAAUGAAGUUUGUGAAUCUAAAAAUGAAAAUGACGUCUUGGCAAUGUCUUUAAAAGGUUCACGAUCCAGUCUAAAAAGAAGAUCAACUCGGAAGAGUAUCAAUGAAUCACAAGAACAAGACCAAAAGCUUCGUACAGAAGCAGCCCUGGAUGAAAAUGUGCCUCCAGUUUCCUUUUGGAGGAUUCUAAAGCUGAACAUAACAGAAUGGCCUUAUUUUGUGGUGGGUGUUUUUUGUGCCAUUAUCAAUGGAGGCCUGGAACCAGCAUUUGCAGUAAUAUUUUCGAAGAUUAUAGGGCUCUUCACAAGAAAUGAAGAUCCUGAAACAAAACGACAGAAUAGUCAUCUCUUUUCACUAUUAUUUCUAGUCCUGGGAAUUAUCUCUUUUAUUACAUAUUUCCUUCAGGGCUUCACAUUUGGCAAAGCUGGAGAGAUCCUCACCAAGCGGCUGCGGUACCUGGUUUUCAGGUCCAUCCUGAGACAGGAUAUGAGCUGGUUUGAUGAUCAUAAAAAUAGCACUGGAGCUUUGACUACCAGGCUUGCCACUGAUGCCGCUCAAGUAAAAGGGGCUAUUGGUUCCAGGCUUGCUGUACUUACCCAGAAUUUAGCAAAUCUUGGGACAGGAAUUAUUAUUUCUUUGAUCUAUGGCUGGCAGUUGACACUUUUACUCUUAGCAGUUGUACCCAUCAUUGUAAUAGCAUCAGUUAUUGAGAUGAAAAUGUUGUCUGGACAAGCAUGCAAAGAUAAGAAAGAGCUGGAAGCUUCUGGAAAGAUCGCUAUUGAAGCAAUAGAAAACUUCCGAACUGUUGUGUCCUUGACCCAGGAGCAGAAGUUUGAACAUAUGUAUGGGCAGAGCCUGCAGAUACCAUACAGAAACUCUUUGAGGAAAGCACACAUCUUUGGAAUCACAUUUUCCUUCACCCAGGCAGUAAUAUAUUUUUCUCAUGCUGCUUGUUUCCGAUUAAGUACCUUUUUGGUGACACGUGAAAUCAUGAAUUAUGAAAAUGUUAUGUUGGUGUUUUCAGCCAUUGUCUUUGGUGCCAUGGCAGUCGGGCAGGUCAGUUCACUUGCCCCUGACUAUGCCAAAGCCAAAGUGUCAGCUGCCCACAUCAUCAGGAUCAUUGAAAAAGUCCCCGCCAUCGACAGCUACAGCACAGAAGGCCUGAAGCCGAAUAUGCUGGAAGGAAAUGUGACCUUCAGUGAUGUUGUGUUCAAGUAUCCCACCCGGCCAGACAUCCCGGUGCUUCAGGGGCUGAGCCUGCAGGUGAAGAAGGGCCAGACACUGGCCUUGGUGGGCAGCAGUGGCUGUGGGAAGAGCACAGCGGUCCAGCUCCUGGAGCGGUUCUACGACCCAUUGGCCGGGACUGUGCUUGUGGAUGGCACAGAAAUACAGCAACUGAAUGUCCAGUGGCUGCGAGCACAGCUGGGCAUUGUGUCCCAGGAGCCCAUCCUGUUUGACUGCAGCAUCGGGGGGAACAUCGCCUAUGGGGACAACAGCAGGACUGUGUCACAGGAAGAGAUCGUGAAGGCAGCCAAGGAGGCCAACAUCCACCAGUUCAUCGAGUCGCUGCCCGAGAAAUAUAACACCAAAGUGGGAGACAAAGGAACUCAGCUCUCUGGUGGCCAGAAACAGCGCAUAGCCAUUGCCCGUGCCCUUGUUAGACAGCCUCGUAUUUUGCUUUUGGAUGAAGCUACAUCAGCUCUGGAUACAGAAAGUGAAAAGGUUGUCCAGGAAGCCCUUGACAAAGCCAGAGAAGGCCGCACCUGCAUUGUGAUCGCGCACCGCCUCUCCACCAUCCAGAACGCCGACGUCAUCGUGGUGAUUCAGAACGGCAGGAUGGAGGAGCACGGCACACACCAGCAGCUGCUAGCACAGAAAGGCGUCUAUUUCUCAAUGGUCAGUGUCCAGGCUGGAGCAAAGCGUUAGUCAACUAUGACCUUAUGGGAUGUUAAAUAUGACAUCAAAUCAAACUAAAAAGAAAAGCAUUUAUUGGAUUAGAUAGUUAUAUAUUUAACAUUUCUUGGCACAACUGAAGAUAAUAUGAUCAAGUUCAGAGUCUUCAGAGACUUCCAAAUUAAAGGAUCAUAAAUACAGUCUUCAUCAAAUGGGAAGGUGGGUAAUGGUUUUAAUUUUACUAUAAAAUUCAUGAAAGAUUUCAAGUAGUUUUUUUGAUAAAGUAAUUUUUAAUUUCUACUUCCUGAUUUGAACUGUAUCUGCCUUGCUAAAUGGUCAUAUAAGUAUCAAAAAGUAGUAAAAUGCCUAAAAUAAAACUAAGCUUUGAUAUUAUUGUAGUCAUCAUGUCUGAAAUAUGUGUGAAUACAUACCCAUCUUCUUUCAAUUAAAAUAUUAUAAUUUUGGCCUUUAAAGAACUGAUUCACUGAAAAUCCCUUUAUUUCUGUGGAAAGUCCUAAACAAUUUAAACAAAUAGUAUUUUAUGUGUUUUCAUGUUGCACCUUAACAGGACCAUGAGGCUUCCUUCUUCUGGGCCUUAUUCCUACUGAUUUUUUGAUUUUUUGUAUUAUAUUCCUCAAACUUUUGUAUUAUAUUCCUCACACAGGACAUUACAAAAUUUGGGAAGAUGGGGUGAAGUCCAAUUUUGAAGUGAAUAUCACUAAGAUAUACCCUAAAUGUUUUGGUACCUUUAAUGGCUUUAAAUGCAUUGCUUUCAUAAGGGGGUCUUCAAGGAUUUUACUAUUGUUAACAUAUAAUUAGUAUUUUAACAUAUAAUUACUGUUUUUCUGUCUUGAUAAUGAAUCAUUAUUCUCAGUAAUUGGUCUCAUAAAGCUGAUCUUCCUGGCUUGCAGAUGUUUAAAAAUGCUCUAUGAGUUUAACUACUUCAUGAUGAAAACCAACCGAAAAGGAGAAAGUAUCAUAAAUAUUGGUACUCUGACAACACAAUUUUAAAUGUUAGCCACAAAUCAUUAUAGGCAAGAUUGAGAUUCACUAGCCAUGGGCCAUAUUUGCCAUAUUUAUUAUAAGAAAUUGAUCUCUUUAAUAAGAUCAUAUAAAGAGAAGAAAAUCUUCUCCAGGAAAAAUUAGCCAAAGAAUAUAAUCAAGUAAUUUCCAAAGAAGGUAAUGCAUGAGAAGAAAGUGAAAUUUCAGUAACCAAAGACAUUCUGAUUAAAACAAAAAUACCCUUUAUUGCCUAAUAUCUUGGUGAUGAAUUAAAUCUCUACUUCCAUUGUAAUCAGUGUAUCAACUUCACACACACACACACACACACACACACACACACACCAAAAAUCAUGAGAAAACAAGGCAACAAGAAUCCUCCAACAAUCCAUAACUCCCCCAAAACUUAUCCCUCAGGUAUUUAUGUAGAUGAAAUCCAAAGAAUUAACAAAAAUUGAUAGUAAAAUGAUUGCUGGUAAAGACACCACACAUGAAUCCACUCAUUAAAAUAGGCUUUUUUGUUGUUGUGAGAAAAAGAAAAGCUUAUUCCAGUGGACAAGGACUAAAAUCAGGGAGAUUCUAGCAGUUAGCUGGGAAAGAUUUCAUCCUUGGGUGGAUGGGCUAACACCAAGAGAGAGAUAUUAGCAGCUAACUGGGAAAGGAAUUAGGCUUAUAUAGGUAUUGAAUGGGCUAAGGAAUCUGGGAUGAACUGUUUAUGACUUGAAUGCCUAAGGACAAUCUGCUCAGGUGUGUAGACAGUUGUUGAACUUCUCAGCACCAGGAGGGUUGUAUACUUUGAUUUGAGUCCAUUUGUCCUAUUUACUGAGAAGCUGCUAUUGUUUGCUAAAAUGAGCCUGUUUGUUUAGGCCAGGCCUGACAAUCAUGAGAUCGAAGAAACUAGAAAUUAAGCAGCUGAAUGAAACAAUUAUUAAAAUUAUCAAUAAACUCAAAGAAAAUAUAAAUGAGCAACUAAAUUAAGGAAAAUGAUUCAGGAUAUAAACUACUGUUGCUGGGUUCUGGUGUGCUGGAGUCUCCUUUUAAAGAUGAUUUCUAUGUCCUUUCUAUCAUGAACAAAGAAUUGAAUGAAACAAGCAUAAAUGGUGGCAAUGUUUCACAUUUUUUAAAGGGAAGAAAAAACAGAAGAGUAAAGAAAAAUAUGGGUUCCACAGAACAAGAUUGGGCCAAGGAAAAACAAACAAAAAUAAAAAUACACCCUACAGUGUAGGGUGGGCUACCAUGAAGAUACACAAUGGCAAUUGCUUAAUGGCAGCUGUCUUUUUUAUAUGUAUUUCCCUUGCUGGCAUCAUAUCCAGGUCAUCCUGAGCUGGAAAAACGAUCUCUGAGCAAAAAGUUUUUCUGCAGCUAGUGGACUGACAAAGAGCCACUCCCAGCUCAUACCCCCUCUCACACCUAAAACAUGUCCUCCUUCAUUGUUUUUUGUUUUCAGUGUCUGUAUCCUCAAGAUGAUGUAAUCCCUACUUUCCCACCAUAUGCACAUGUGGUGAACUCCAGCGUACUUUUCUAUCCAGUCAUUUAAACUGAAUGUAACUUCCUCAACCAAUGAACCGGUGUUAAGUGCCUUGCCUCUGUAUCCUUGCCCUUCUUCCCUUGAUCCAUAUAAACCCUGUUCACUGCCAGCUUCAGGCUGAUCACCUUGUGGAGAAAUCCCCAAUCAGUUCCACCAUCAAAAUAAAGCUGUACACUUGCCUCCAA